GUACCAUGGAGAUUGUGUAUGUAUACGUGAAGAAACGCAGUGAGUUUGGGAAGCAAUGCAACUUCUCCGACCGCCAGGCAGAGCUGAACAUCGACAUCCCGCCCAACCCCGAGCUGGCCGAGCAGUUUGUAGAGCGGAACCCGGUGGACACAGGGAUCCAGUGCUCCACCAGCAUGUCGGAGCAUGAGGCCAACACAGAGCGCUUUGAGAUGGAAACCCGGGGGAUUAACCACGUCGAGGGCGGCUGGCCCAAGGACGUGAACCCCCUGGAGCUGGAGCAGACGAUCCGCUUCCGGAAGAAGGUGGAGAAGGACGAGAACUACAUCAAUGCCGUCCUGCAGCUGGGCUCAAUCAUGGAGCAUUGUAUCAAGCAGAAUAACGCCAUCGACAUCUACCAGGAGUAUUUUGACGACGAGGAUGCGGUGGAGGUGACAGACGAGGCCCCCUCAGCUAAAACCAUCAAUGUCUUCAGGGACCCCCAGGAAAUUAAGCGGCCGGCCACACACGUCUCCUGGUAUCCCGAUGGCAACAGGAAGUUGGCAGUGGCAUAUUCUUGCUUGAACUUUCAACGGGCGCCCGAGGGCAUGAGCAACGAAUCGUACAUCUGGGACCUGGAAAACCCCAACAGGCCAGAAAUUACCCUAAAGCCGUCUUCUCCUCUUGUCACCUUGGAGUAUAACCCCAAAGAUUCCCACGUGCUCCUGGCAGGCUGUUACAAUGGGCAGAUCGCCUGCUGGGACACGCGGAAGGGCAGCCUGGUGGCAGAGCUGUCCACCAUCGAGUUCAGCCACCGAGACCCCGUGUACGGCACCAUCUGGCUGCAGUCGAAGACGGGCACAGAGUGUUUCUCAGCGUCCACAGACGGGCAGGUCAUGUGGUGGGACAUCCGGAAGUUGAGUGAGCCCACCGAGGUCGUCAUCAUGGACAUCACCAAAAAGGAGCAUCUGGAGAACGCCUUGGGGGCCAUCUCCCUGGAGUUCGAGUCCACUCUGCCAACCAAGUUCAUGGUGGGCACCGAGCAAGGCGUCGUCAUCUCCUGCAACCGCAAGGGCAAGACGCCAGCCGAGAAGAUCGUGUGCACCUUCUCAGGCCACCACGGCCCCAUCUACGCCCUGCAGAGAAACCCGUUCUACCCAAAGAACUUCCUGACCGUCGGCGACUGGACCGCCCGCAUCUGGUCAGAGGACAGCCGGGAGUCGUCUAUCAUGUGGACCAAGUACCACAUGGCCUAUCUCACUGAUGGCGCCUGGAGCCCCGUGAGGCCGGCGGUUUUCUUCACCACCAAGAUGGACGGGACCUUGGACAUCUGGGACUUUGUGUUCAAGCAGUGUGACCCUGCCCUCAGCCUGAAGGUCUGUGACGAAGCCCUCUUCUGCCUCCGGGUGGAAGACAAUGGGUGCUUCAUCGCUUGCGGCUCCCAGCUGGGGACGACCACGCUGCUGGAGGUCUCCAACGGGCUGUGCACCCUCCAGAGAAAUGAGAAGAACAUGGCUUCUGCGAUAUUCGAGCGUGAGACGCGGGAGAAGAUCCUGGAGGCCAGGCACCGUGAGAUGCGCCUGAAGGAGAAGGCAAGGCCGAGGGCCGGGGACGAGCUGAGGGAUGAGCCGCCUGUCUGAACCUGGAGGAGCUGGUCACCAACCGGCCGAGAGGAGUUCUUCGACAUCAUCUUCACGGAGCUGAAGAAGAAGGAGGCGGAAGCCAUGAAGAAGCAGCCCAAAUCUCUGAAACAGCCAAGCCAGGACACAGAUGAGGAGGUGCAAGGAGAGGAAGAAGCAGAAGAAGAAAGAGGCGACGGCGAAGGGGAGGAAGGAGGCAGUGGAGAGAGUCCAGCGCUGGGAGGUCAGCCCUGACCAGAGCCCAGCUCUCACGCAUGCCUCUAUCUCAUCUCUGGGCACCGCCCUGGUGUUACAAGUGGGAGCUGACCGCCUUCCUUAGAGGGGACAGGAGGGGCAAAGGGACUCCGACCCAGCCCCCUCGCCCGGGGACCAGAUCCCCGGUCCCCACCGACUCCCCUCGGAGGGAGGGAAGGGGCACAGGUUCAUCCCCAAGCCGGUCCUCAGCCAAGCUCAGCCAGCCCCCCUAAGCCCACCAUCCCCGUGGAUUCAGCUUCUCAAGGGCUGCCCCGACGAGCACCUCCCUUCACAAGCCUGCAGAGCCUCCCCUGGGCUGGCCACGGCCACCGUCGGGGCUUGGGAAGGCCUGUGGGUGGGGAAGGGCGGGGAUCUCUCAUUCUCCCUUACUGAACCUCCCCACCCACAUACGGCUGGGGAACAUAAAGCCUGUCCACUUCUAAGAUGUCUUUCCCAAGCAACUUCCCUGGGAGAUGUUUACCUCCAAAAGGGUGAGAGACGACGGAUGAAACAAGCCAGGUGAAUUCAGCGAGCUUUCUGCUAUCUUCGUGCUCGUAAAGUUCAAUUAUUAAUAAUAAUAAUGACAGUACUAAAGGUUAGUGCCUA